UUCAUCCAUUCAAUGAUAUGAAGCAUAUAUAAUAUAUGGUAAUAGUCACUGAUUUAAUGGUGGUAAGAGCUUUGGACCCCAAAAAAGAAGAGAAAAUAGCAGUUAAUGUUGACUCGCCCUAUCUUUAUUUUCUAAUCAGAGAAAAAUGAUGUGUUGAUGACAAUCAGAUUUCGGCUACUUUUACUGAAGUGGGAAAUUUUUUUUGGCAUUCCAUAUUCUUGAUCACACUCGGUAGUCACUGCACACCAAACUCUCUUGAGUUCUAGUUCCGUUUCAAUAUCUCUCAUUAUUAUCAUAGAAAUGUCAAAGGGCUCAAAAGUAACAUGCUCUUUCUAAUGGUAUAUACUAGUCUGCUGGAUCAGAGCACUAUUUUAAAGUCAUCUUUGAUUGGCUUGGUGAUAUUCUGCCUUUAUUGCUAUCCCCAAGGUCGAAGAUUCCAAGGACGGUAGCCAGAGGAAAAAAGAACCAAGUAUCAUAGAUUAUAGAUAUACUUUGUUCAUGACUCCAUAUACAUCACCUGGCUUUGACUGUCAUCCUGAAUUGUAGUGUUUUUGGUGUGUUGAGUUUCUGGGCACUCUCUCUCUCUCUACAGCACUUGUUCUGCUCUUAGUCUUGGGGCAUCUACUGCUCUUCUGGAUAAAUGUAAUGAACUGUGAAGUCCCAGGUUUGGUUCCCCCUUAUCCUAGUAUAUUCUCGUCUGUGUGAGUACUGUAUGUGCUUCAUUGUUGAACUUCUGCUCCCAAAUUCAAGAAAAAGUAAAUGAAUAAUCUUUGUUUCCAUGUUGGAAAAUUUCGUCAAUAAUUUCCAAUAGCAUCUUUGGAGUGUACAAGCUGAUCCUGAAUCCUGGUAAGCGAGUGGUUGAUAUAACAUGUUCAGAGAAAAUAAGUAAGAAAGAAGGAAAUAAGUUGUGAGAAAUAACUGGCUAAAACCACGUUUACUUCAAGGUUUUGGGUGAAGCUGAUGUCCUAAGACAUUCAUAUUUCUAGGAUUUUAAUCUGCCUAACACCGUCUAUGUUUCAUCUCUUGCCUCUGUAUAUUCUUAAUCUUUGUGAUUAGCCUCACAUUAUUGCAUAGUUUGUGAAAAGGGUUUCUUGGUAAAUUUCUGGAAUCCAAGUAAGCCAAGAAAAGUCAGAAUUAAAAUUCUUAAAAAGCUUCAAACUUCCUUUCCUUCUAAGCAGAAUUGUGCCUAUGCAUCAGAGUGCAAUGGUUAAGCAGAAAAUUUUGUUGAAGUGAGCCUAAUAAGCCACAAAAGCUGUACAACUUAUCAUUUUUGUGAAGAAAAUUAAUGCAUUUCAUGGUUGUUGUUUAGUGCACUUCUAGCUCAAAUCCAAGGUCUGGGUUGAUCAGUUUUUACCAAAUCCCUUGGAAAGAACAAGCAAACACAAGAAAGUUCUGAAAAAUCAUGGCAGAAGAUGAUGAUAAAUAUACUAAAGAUGGGACAGUAGAUCACCUUGGAAAUCCGGCUGAAAGAAGAAAAACUGGAACCUGGAAGGCCUGCCCCUACAUUCUAGGAAAUGAAUGUUGUGAACGAUUGGCUUACUAUGGGAUGAGCUCCAACCUUGUGCUUUAUUUUAAGAAGCAACUCCAUCAGCACAACGCUACUGCCGCUAGGAACAACUUGAAUUGGGGCGGAACAUGCUAUCUCACCCCUUUGAUUGGGGCAUUUCUUGCUGAUGCCUAUCUUGGAAGAUAUCGGACUAUCGCCUAUUUCUCCAUUAUCUACGUUAUUGGAAUGACGCUUUUGACACUCUCAGCAUCAGUCCCUGGGCUAAAGCCAACAUGUUAUGGAAAAGAUAAUUGUCAUGCAACAGAUGCACAAACUGCAGUGUGUUUUGUGGCACUUUACCUGAUUGCACUGGGCACUGGUGGGAUUAAGCCUUGUGUCUCAUCUUAUGGAGCUGAUCAAUUUGAUGAUAAUGAUGAGGUUGAGAAGAAAAGUAAAGGUUCUUUCUUCAAUUGGUUCUAUUUUUCGAUCAAUAUCGGUGCUCUCAUUGCUUCUUCUGUGCUGGUCUAUAUACAAGACCAUGUGGGUUGGGGAUGGGGCUUUGGCAUCCCAGCAGUGGCAAUGGCAAUCGCUGUAUUGAGUUUCUUUUCAGGUACUCGAUUGUAUAGGAACCAGAAACCUGGCGGUAGCCCUCUGACACGCAUCUGUCAGGUGGUGGUGGCAUCGUUCAGAAAACGCAAAGUUGAGGUACCUGCUGACAAGUCCCUCUUGUAUGAGACUGCAGAUGCAGAAUCAACCAUCACAGGAAGCCGCAAGCUUGAUCACACAAAAGAUCUCAGUUUCUUUGACAAAGCGGCAGUUGAGGUACAAAAAGAUCACAUAAAGGCCUCACCAAAUCCAUGGACACUUUGCACAGUAACUCAAGUUGAGGAGCUGAAAGCUAUUAUACGGCUGCUGCCGAUAUGGGCCACAGGUAUCAUGUUCUCCACUGUCUACAGUCAAAUGAGCUCCUUAUUCGUGUUGCAAGGUGAGACCAUGGAUCCUCAUGUUGGCUCCUCAAGCUUCAAAAUCCCAUCUGCAUCUCUGUCAAUCUUCGACACCCUUAGUGUCAUUUUUUGGGUCCCAAUCUAUGAUCGAAUUAUUAUCCCAUUAGCUAGGAAAUACACUGGUCACAAAACUGGCCUAACUCAGCUCCAGAGAAUGGGCAUUGGCCUCUUCAUAUCCAUCUUCUCCAUGAUAUGUGCAGCAGUUUUGGAGCUUGUUCGGCUUCAAAUGGUUAGAAGACACGACUACUACGAACUUAAGUACAUCCCCAUGUCCAUAUUUUGGCAAGUUCCUCAGUAUUUCCUCAUAGGUUGUGCAGAAGUUUUCACCUUCAUUGGACAGUUGGAAUUCUUUUACGAACAAGCACCUGAUGCCAUGAGGAGCCUGUCCUCUGCUCUCUCAUUGACCACUAAUGCUCUGGGGAGCUACUUGAGUUCUUUGCUUGUAACCAUUGUUACCACAGUGAGUACUAAAAACGGAAAGCUUGGAUGGAUACCAGAUAAUUUGAAUUAUGGUCAUCUCCAAUACUUCUUUUGGCUCUUGGCUGUGCUGAGUGGGCUGAACUUGAUAGCUUUUAUCUUCAUUUCAAAAUGGUACACAUACAAAAGGACAGCAGGAACUCUCCAGUGAUCGGAUACUCUGGUUGUCCAAACAGUUGUAUAUACAAUCAGCUUUAUGAGUAUCAUCUCCUUAUCCAUGCAACACAGUUGGAAGUAUAUUCAAGCAUAACAAUCUUAUGUUUUCUUUCAUCAGAAAAAGCAAAAAUGAAGCGAAUAGAUUAAGCAAAUGUUUCUCGCUUCAUAAAUCAAUGUACCACAAUAACUAUAUCUGAACAUUUACUGCAGCCUCAAUGAUUGUCAGCAUUUUCUCUUAA